UAACUGAGGCCAUAAUUUAUGGUGCCAGUUUUACCACGAGAAUCGACUCCUCCCGACUUCGUGUAUGACGCUACAAGUAAAUCCGGAGGCUUCUACUGGAUCUUCUGAAGGAGCGUUUCACGCAGAGCCCGCCCUCGUGGGUCUAGUCACUCGCUCAGUUCAGAAUGAGGUAGAUGGUCUGUCCAAGUAAAUGGUAGUGCGUGCCACAGACAAGUAUCUGAGCGGUAAAUUAUCGUAAUUUUACGUAUUUCCUCGAUGCUCGCGGUUUAUUAAACUGUGGUAAAGCGCGUCUGGCGCUUGCCACUCCGUCACAGAGAAGCAAAAGGCUGGACCCGUGUGUCCCAGCGGCUUUAGGAGAUGUCGACCACAGAUGCUACUGCGGAGAUGGCCUCAGCGAGCCGUCCCCCCGGGGAGCGAGCUGCCAGUGCGCUGUGGUCAUUUGGUAAAUACCUGGGCGCACUACUGCCCGUGUACCUGGCGGGAUACUACGGCUGCAGUAUCAGCGUGGUCCUGCUUGUGCUCAUGAUCUACAUGGGAUGGAAACACAGUCGGCUGGAAAAAGUGAUGAGACUGAAAUCCGCAAUGUACCUACUGGAGAAUGAAAGGGAAUUCACAACUGCAAAGGUUUUCCGGAGCAAACGGGAUUUACCUCCUUGGGUUAAUUUUCCAGAUGUUGAAAAAGUGGAGUGGCUGAAUAAGAUAUUACAACAAGCAUGGCCUUUCAUCGGGCAGUACCUUGAGAAGUUGUUGGUUGAGACUAUUGCUCCAGCUAUCCGAGCAUCCAGCAUUCAUUUGCAGACUCUAAGCUUCACCAAGGUCAAUCUGGGGGAUAAGGCUCUGAAGAUUGCUGGUGUAAAGGCUCACACUGAACAUGAUAAAAGACAAGUUAUGUUGGAUUUGUAUGUGAGCUAUGCAGGUGAUGUUGAGAUCAAUGUGGAAAUCAAAAAGUACUUCUGUAAGGCUGGUGUGAAAGGAGUUCAGCUCCAUGGAAAGCUGCGUGUCAUUCUUGAACCUCUAAUUGGAGACGUACCACUUGUUGGGGCCAUUACAAUGUUUUUUAUCCGCAGACCAAAACUGGACAUUAACUGGACGGGAUUGACUAACCUCUUGGAUAUUCCGGGACUGAAUGCCAUGUCGGACACAAUGAUUAUGGAUGCUAUAGCUUCCCACCUGGUACUUCCCAACCGCCUCACGAUUCCCCUGGUUUCCAAUCUUCUUGUUGCGCAGCUUCGCUCUCCUCUCCCAAGGGGGGUAGUGCGUAUUCACUUGCUGGAGGCGGAGAACCUGACAGCAAAGGACACUGUUAUUAAAGGGUUAAUUGAUGGAAAGUCAGACCCUUACGCUGUGCUGCGUGUGGGGACCCAGGUGUUCACAUCUCAUCAUGUGGACAGCAAUCUGAAUCCACAGUGGAGAGAGAUGUUUGAGGUGAUUGUCCAUGAAGUGCCUGGUCAGGAGUUGGAGGUGGAAGUUUUUGACAAAGACCCAGACCAGGAUGACUUCCUGGGCAGGGUUAAAGUGGACCUGGACAUUGUAAAAAAGGCCAGGGUUGUGGAUGAUUGGUUCAAUCUACGGGAUGUGCCAAGUGGUAGUGUCCACCUCAGAUUGGAGUGGCUUUCUCUGUUGUCCUCUGCUGAGAGACUGAGCGAGGUCAUCCAAAAGAACCAGAAUUUGACCAGUCGAACCACUGACCCGCCGUCCGCAGCUAUUCUUGCUGUCUAUCUAGAUCAGGCUCAUGCUUUACCUAUGAGAAAAGGAAACAAAGACCCAAGUCCUAUGGUGCAGAUCUCUGUUCAAGACACAACUAAAGAAAGCAAGACUUGUUAUGGGACCACAAAUCCUUCAUGGGAGGAUGCUUUUACAUUCUUCAUUCAAGAUCCUAGCAAACAAGAGAUUGACAUUCAAGUCAAAGAUGAUGACAGUGCAUUUUCAUUGGGCAGUCUGAGUAUUCCUUUGAGUCAUCUCCUCUCCUGUCCCAAACUGACUUUGGAUCAGUGGUUUCAACUGGAAAAUUCAGGCUUGGCAAGCAAGAUCUACUUCAAAAUGGUGCUAAGGGUUUUGUGGUUGAGUGAUGAUGCCACUCCUACCACCCCUCCUCGGCCUUCGUCCUCUGGGUCUGGGUUGGGUCCAGGGGGAAUAUCCUCAGAGCUGAAUCCAAUGGGACCAGGCGGAUUAUCCAAACCACCAUCAACACGACCACAGCAUGCCACGCCUGAUUCCGACUUUGGGACAGAGGGAGUGCUACGGAUUUAUUUGGUGGAGGCACAGAACCUCAUUGCUAAGGACAACUUCAUGGGGGGCAUGGUGAAGGGCAAGAGUGAUCCAUACGUGAAGAUUCGUGUGGCUGGGAUCACUUUUAGAAGCCACACCAUCAAAGAAAAUCUUAACCCCAUUUGGAACGAACUCUAUGAGGUGAUAUUGACUCAGUUGCCUGGUCAGGAGAUCCAGUUUGAGUUAUUUGACAAGGACAUUGACCAGGAUGACUUUCUUGGAAGGUUUAAACUAAGCCUGCGAGAUAUCAUUAGUGCGCAGUGCAUUGACACGUGGUACACUCUAAAUGAUGUGAAGUCUGGACGUGUUCACCUUGUGCUUGAGUGGUUACCCCGAGUUACAGACUUAUUCAGACUGGAACCGGUCUUGCAGUAUCAGUCACAGCAGUCCUAUCAGAACAAGGUUGUGCCAUCGUCUGCCCUCCUGUUCGUUUAUGUAGAGCGGGCUCACGGUCUGCCGCUAAAGAAAAAUGGGAAGGAGCCAAAAGCUGGGGCUGAGGUUAUCCUUAAAAAUGUAUCUUACAAGACAAAGAUUUUUGAGCGCUCAACUUCUCCACGAUGGGAUGAAGCGUUUCAUUUCCUGGUGCGAGAUCCCCGGGAUGAAAUCCUCACUGUGAAGCUCUCUCACAGCUGGGGCCAGGGUCUUGGCACAGUCACACUUCCGCUCAGACAGGUCCUCUCUGAGGCUGGGUUACUUCUCGAUCGUUGGUUCAAUCUGGAUGGAGCUCUGCCAGAAAGCCAAAUACUACUGAGGGUUUCACUUAAGAUCCUUGACACUCAGUUGGCACUGUGUCGUAAGGGGGAGGGUGAUGUCACCAUUGAUGAAGUUAUACCCAAAUGGGACCCUUCCCAUCUUGACCUCAAACACAGGGGCGGUCUUUCCAUUGCUGGUGAAAAUGGUGGUGGUGCCACUGGACAAGUGAAGCUUACUAUUGGCUACUCCAUAGAGGAGAGCAGGCUUUUCAUCACUAUACAUGCUUGCAGGGCCCUGGCUCCCUGCUCAAAGGAUGGAGCAGAUCCUUAUGUUUCCUUCGUCCUUCUGCCCGAUAAAAAAGCUACAACUAAAAGACGAACUGCCACAAAGAAGAGAGAUUUGAACCCUGAGUUCAAUGAGAGAUUUGACUUUGAUUUGUCACUGGAGGAGUCUACCCAGAGAAAACUGGACCUUUCUGUGAAGCACAAUGUCUCUUUUAUCAGCAGAGAGAGGGAGCUCAUCGGCAAGAUGCAACUGGACCUGGACCAAAUUGACCUCAAGACUGGUGUGACCCAAUGGUAUGACCUGGUGGCAGAAGCCAAUUAGAAGAAACUAUGCCUGCUUAAUCUUCAGCUAUACAACAUUUAGUGUUGCUUUAGUUGUCUGUGAUUUGUGAGUGUUCAGCUUAAAUAGAAAUCACCACCUUCACUGAAGAAAAGAUGAAAACCUUUCCAACAAAAGGUCCAUCUGUAUUUAAGAACAGAAAUGUGUAUCACCCAUGAAGCAUUAACUGUGACAUGUUCAUCUUAAACAGUGUUCUUCAGUCAGAUUUAGCUGAGUAGAAAUGUGAAAAAAGGAAACCAUGAUACAAUUGCACCAAACAGUAUGUGUAACAGCAUGCUCACAGUCUGGAUGUGAGUUACUGUUGUGAAGAUAGGGGAAAAUGACCAAAUGAAUGAUUAUUUUUGUUUUAGCUCUUUUUAUUCAUUUUUAACUGCAAAUUGAAGACUUGUGUAUUUGUAUUUUUGCCUUAAGCAUUAUGAAACUGUGCACAGAUUAUCAGUAUUGGAUAAUUUUGUUUCAGAUGAAAUUUUAUAUGUUUUAAACAGAGAUUUAUGAAAUGACACUUUUAUAAAUUAUGUAUUUAACUCAGACCCGUAUAGAGACUAGUGAAGACAGAAGUGCAAAUCACUGUGCUUUCUUAAAUAUUACUGUAGCCUAGAUGUAAAUGCCAAUGCCAUUCCCAUGCUGCUUAUUGCUUGUACUAUGCUUAUACAGUUGUUUAGGCUGCACCUUUGACCUCACAGAAAGCAUGAAAAUAUGCUUGGCUCUACUGAAAUUGUGAUUGUGAAAAGAAACAAAAUGCUACACAAAUAGAAAACGUGCUGCUUUGCGAUGUUGCAUAUCACAAUUCUGCUGAUUCAGCUAAUUAAAAUUUGCACUUGAUUCAAA